AUGUCUCGCGAAACCUACCAAGUUCCCUCCAUGGGCACCCAGAACACCUUCGAUGCUCAAGGCGGAGGUUACGCCAGCGCCAUGGCCGUCGACACUCCCUCCGUCGUCUACCUGUGCGGCGAGUGCUCCGCCCGUGUUCCCCUGAAGCGCGGCGACCAAAUUCGCUGCAAGGACUGUGGUCACCGUGUGCUUUACAAGGAGCGGACCAAGCGGUAA